AAUUAACUAAAUGUAUUCCGAUGUUAUUGUCUGUUUGGUUAUUGGUUUUAACCAAAGUGCCAGAUAUUUAAUUUUCUAUUUCUUUUUUCUUCCAGAACAAGAUCUCUGAAGGGCGUAGGAGACCCUCCUGCCGAGCAGUGAUGGGUCCUACGUCUUUUCAUCUUUUAUUUAUUCUAUUUGUACUAUUUCAACUUUUCUGUAUCACGUCAGCGGUGAAAGUGGAAAACUUCACCUUAUUUGAAUCAAAGCUGACCCUGAAGGCACAUACAGCCAAUACCAUACCAUGUAUGUUCCAUACACGGCGUCACCUCAACCCACUCAAAGUGCAGUUGGAAUGGGGUAAAAUAGAGAGGAAUGAAUACGUGCCUCUUAUACACCUGUACGGGGACCAUGUAAGAAAGGCAUCGUCUGAUUAUGGAGACAAAUACCAAGUUUUUAUACCCGAGGUGUCAAAAGGAAACUGCUCUCUGGUGAUUAAUCCCACAGAAAUCACAGACAGCGGCACUUAUCAGGUCCGGCUGACAAUUGUAGGAAAGCUGUACCAGCCGACUCCUUCUAUAGAGGUUGAAGUUGUGAAUCAGCCCAAAGGGGAGUCCCGGGGAUGGUUUAAGAAAAAGACAACUACUGUCCCACCAACAACGACAACAAUGAUGGCAACAAAAGCAAAAAAAGGAUCAGCAGCGAAUAAUAAUGAAUCUGCUAGCGACAUCAUAUUCCACCAACUUGACGCAAUUGAGAAGAAAAUCUUUAUAUUUAUUAUAGUUAUUGGGGUUUUCCUCAGUAUAGCCGUAAUGGCUGGAGUCCUGCUAAUAAUUAAACUAAGGCAAAAAAGCAAAAACGGCGAUGAAGAAGAAGGGGAAGAUGAUGAGAGUGAAUCAGAAGACAGUUCAGACUCUUCUUAAGAAGGGGCAUCAUUACAUGAUGAGGGGGGGAAGGAGGGUGAAGUAUAUAUUGAGAACAAAGAGAAGCUUCUCAAUAGAGAAUAUUGAUAUAAAAGUCUCAGGGAAGAGAAGAAUAAGACCUAAAACCAAGGACACUGUUUCAAUUGCCUUUUGGAGGCAGAAAGGACUUUUUUUUGUAAAAAGCAACGCUUUUUUCUCAUUUGUAUCAUUCUUUUUAAAUUUCAAUAAACAAUAAAAAAUUUAAGCUAU